ACACACAUCUCUUUGCUUUAUCGUUGCUUUGGAGAAUAAGAUAUCCAUACAAAGUGCAGAGGCACAGUGCAGGGCAUCUCCCGAGCUAGGAACAUCAAAGUGUUGUUAGGAUACUAACCAGGUUGUGGUCCUGCCAAUCAAACAAGGAUACGGGCUGGCCGUGGGGCAGGGUUAAAGUCCUCCUAAGUGAAGGGCAGCACCCCAAAAAUGGCAUCAUUCCCCUGGAAUCUUGGGGAGAAAGCACCAAGUUGGAAUUGGGAAGCCUGUCCGGGGAAUAGGGAGUAGUGCCUCGUCACACAUUUUUGGUGGGAGGAAGAAAGGCCAUUGUGAGAUAUAGAGUGUCAGUCUCUGACAAAAGGGCUGGAGAUCCAGAGCCCCAGACUAUGGAUGUGAGCCCCAAACAUGAAGUGGUAGAUCCAUCAGUGGAUUGCUCUGUUAGGGUCAGUCAUGGCAUGGAAGGGCACUCUCUUCUUAACCAUCUCCUGGCCUUCUUAGCAUGGGCCUUGUCCUAAGGCUUGGCCACGCCCAGCAUGCAGCACCCCCACCUCUCAGCUAGGAUGGGAGGCAGGCGGAGGCUAUUUGCGGGGGCUGUGCCGGGUGGGCAGUUUUCCCGGAGCGAGGAGUGAAGGAGGACUGAGUUGGUGCCGGCUUCUUCAGAUACAGACCGCUGGCUGCAUGGCCAGCCUGUCCAGGCUAGCUUGAGCCCAAGGGCUCCUUCGGGCUCUGUGCUACUGCUCUAGGGCUACAGUCCCAUACCCCAAGAGAGUGGCAUGUCACAGGAGGCCACAGGGGUACCAGCAAUGCCAAGAGCAGGGCUCGGCCAGACUAAGGCCAAAGCACGGUUGCUUCUAGGCACUGACAGGAAGAGGAGCCGCCUCAGCAGGACGAGGCAGGACCUAUGGGACGACACUAGCUGGAGCAAUCAGAGAUUGAACAGAGCUACCUCCGCCCCUCGAGGGACCAGAGCUAAGGGAACAGCUCAUGGCAGGAGCGAAGCCAGCCCCGAGAACGCGGCACGGGAGCGGACCCGGGUGAGGACCCUGCGCCAGGCCUUUUUGGCCCUGCAGGCUGCCCUGCCGGCUGUACCACCUGACACUAAGCUUUCCAAGUUGGAUGUGCUGGUGCUGGCCACCAGCUACAUAGCCCACCUCACCCGAACACUCGGCCACGAGUUACCUGGCCCUGCCUGGCCGCCCUUCCUGCGUGGACUCCGGUACUUACACCCCCUCAAGAAGUGGCCCAUGCGAUCUCGUCUUUACGCAGGAGGCUUGGGAUGCUCUGGCCUCGGUUCCACCACAGCCAUCGCUACCAGCCAAAGAACCAGGGAUGAAGAGGUGGGGUCCCAGGUCUCUGUAGCCGCAGAUGUUCUCCUUCUCGCCAAUCCAGUAUCUCCAGCUCCUGGUAACAAAUGGCCAGCACACUCCUAGACUGUGACUCUCACUGAA